CCGACCAUGGAGAUAACACUUAUUAUCCUGGCUAUAACUGGAUUCAGCAUCAGUAUUUGCUACGGGAACACGUGUUAUUUCCAGAAGACACUUUACAGAUGGGGAACCACAAAAGUAGGAUGGUGGGGCAGAAAAAAUGUAAGAAGGGUUUACUAUUCAACAGGUUCACGCUGUUGUACUGGGUACAACGGGCCAUCUUGUAGAACUCCUAUUUGCAAUCCUCCUUGUAUAGGUGGUACCUGUACGUCACCUAAUAGGUGUCAAUGCGACAACGCUCAUACAGGAAGUACUUGUCAAACAGUUGUAUGUUCUCACCUGAAACCCUGCUUCCCCGGGAAUUGCACGUAUCCUCACAACUGUAGAUGUCAGUCUGGUUUCACAGGCACCACUUGCCUAACAUUGCAAGCUUCUCAAACACCAAAUCUCCUUCGCACCAGCACAUACCUCGUCAAUCAGGAAAGAACGAGCGGUAAAGUGUUCGCCAGAUUCCUGUCCGAUUCCACAGCACCAAACACUGGUUAUACAGAUAGAAUUUGGUUGAUGAAGCAUGAUUUCAAUAUCAUCAACAUCUAUUUCGAAUCAAUGUACAAUUAUCCCUUGCUGGAGGAGAACGGCAAUUACAUUGAAAAUUACGGCUUUGGGAUAGUGGACGGGCGAGCUCGUUUGACACUUACAAAAAUUCAGCACCAAGGAUCCUCUACGUCAUAUAGACAACAGAAGGACUACACCUGUCCACACAACCCCACUACAGCUAAACCUCAAGAAGGUGUCUUUAAAUGCAACAUAACUGAUACUGAUUUUGAUUGGUUGUUAGAAAAUGGAGAUAUUAUGGUGGCUACUGUAUCAACACAGAGUGGGGGAUUCCGAGCUAUCCGGUCGCUAGAUACAUUAACACACUACCGAAACGACUUUUAUGAAACUCAAACGGCAACAAAACACAUGCAGUUCAUGUUCGACUACCACCCACCUUACCACUGUUUGGAAACGAGAACAUGUUCAAGAGAACAACAGCCGCUUCUAAUUAGUAAUGAUAUCUCAAAGGGACCUGUAACCAUAUCGUGGGACGGUUGGAACGACACUUUAUCGGGUGUCCAUAUCUACAAUGUUCAGGUUUAUCCUUUAAAACCAGACAGAACAGGCGACCUUACCGAGGUCAAUCCCACCAGCCCUAUCUACUACUUGACCAAUUUGACUAAAACUUCGAACCCGACAUACCUACCACCUUCUCCUGGAAUGUAUUCCGUUCUGUUGGAGGUAGGAGAUAAAGCUAACAACACCAAGUACAGCCGAAGGACGCUGCUGUUUGACAACGAAUCUAACGUCACCAUGACAGCAAAUCCUAUAACGGUAGAGGGCGCUGUAGGACCUGCAAACAGUAUCUGGAUAGAUAAUCUAGACAAAAAAGUAGUGAUUAAUUGGCACGAUGUUUUCGAAAAUAAAAAUCAUAACAAAUUCAAUCUGCUGAAUACUGUUGCAACAUUCAAACCGCAGACAAUUAUGCACUUCCGACAUAAGAACGUGUCAUCAGUCUUGGAUGAUCACGAAGGAAAACGUACGAUUAGGAAAAUAGCUAACAAAAAUGGAAUAACCAAAGUACAAUUAACUCAUAAUCUCAAAGGUCAUGGAGGGCUUCGACCUUGGACAAAUGUGGCUGGCUUUCUGGACGAGAAGGCGACCCUAAACAUUUCACGUUUGGACGGCGAAACAAUACAGAUAUCAGUAAAGGCCUUUGAUGUUAUGGGGAACAGUGCCACGCAGUCAAUAUUCAUGAAUAUUGACUCAACAUUUCCUGAUGUGGAAGAACCUAAAUUGGACCCGAAUGUUAAAAAUGGAACAUUUCCGUUCUCAAGUGGAGUCCGAUUCUUGACUUACGAUCGGCAGAGUGGGAUUUCCAUGUUUAAAUGGAAGAUCAAGACAAACGAUUCGGAAGAGAUUUUUCAUGAGGGACAAUCACAAGGGAACCGAACAGAGGGAACGCCAUCUAAACAUGAGGGAGAAUGCAGUCCAGCAGGAGGCUGUUUCUAUUACCUCCACCAGUUUGCGAUAAACAACUGCUGGCUGAUGGUACCCAAAGAUAAGCUGGAGACCCAAGUCAUUGAUAUUCACAUUGACGUUUUCAACCUGGCAAUGCUCUAUUCAUCCGUUCGUUUGCAGAUUAACCAUUUGCCUUCGUUUGAUGGUAUAGAGGAGUAUUACGGACCGAUGGACCUUGUGAUUUCCGGAAAAACAUCCAGCAGUGCGAACUUCCAGUGGCACCAGGGACCGAGCUGCUACGACCGAACAGACAUACUACUGAUGUAUAACGUGUCUGGACAGUCACGGACGAUGCACGUACACAAGGACUCGGAAUACUACACGCUGGGUAACCUGGAUCCGGAGACUACGUACACCGCACAGUUUGUCGUUGAGUACGGCGAUGAAAAAAGUGACCCCGUAAAAAUUACUUUCACGACAGGAGAAUAUGAAGGUUUAUCAGCGGGCGUUAUAGCAGCAAUCACUAUAGUUAUGCUGAUCCUUGUGGGCUUACUAAUAGCUGGUAUAGUGCUAUGGAGGACAGGCAAGCUCAAUCGCUACAAAGAGUCAAUCUACGGUCAAAUACAGCGGCGGAUAACCAGUCGUCGGCGAUCUAACACCUACAACAACUCGAGAGAGGUCAACAAGCAUCAGGAACGAAAGUCAUUUGCGAACCUGGCCUAUUCGGAUGUCGGUGAUGAGGAUGUGUAUAUGUAUGGUCAAAUGGUGUUUAAUGAGAACCAGUCGUGGGAGGUUCACCACGCUGAAGUGUCUCUAGUUGAAAAGAUGAUUUCUGGACGGUUUGCUGACGUUUUCAAAGCUUCACAAAACUGCAAAAGGAACAACAGAAAGAUCGUCGUCGCCAAAGUGUUAAAGGAGUCACAUACCGAAAUAGACGAAUUGGUUAUGAAUGCUAAGAUACACUUCUUCGCUACAAAGGUUGGUUCCCAUACCAACGUUAUUCAAUUCGUUGGGGCUAUCCUUGACAACAAACCACUGGGUCCUUUCAUGCUGUUGGAGUUGUGUGAGACAGGUGUAAUGAGGACGUGGCUGCAGAAUCACCGAACGAAUGUGACCGACAGUGUCGUAGAUACCCUGUAUCGUAUGACCUGUGACAUAGCUAAGGGAAUGGAUUUCCUCGCCUCCAAACAGAUUAUUCAUCGCCAUCUUGCUGCCAGGAAUAUUUUAUUGACGUCGUCACUGGAAGCGAAAGUUGCGGGAUUUGGACCUACGAAGGAAACUGAGCAACAAGAUGCUGACACUGGCAAGGAAAAAGUACCAAUCAAGUGGAUGGCUCCAGAAUGUAUGACGUCAUUGAAGGACGCUACAAUGCAGAGUGAUGUGUGGUCAUAUGGAAUCGUCAUAUGGGAAAUAUUCAGUUUAGGUGACACACCGUAUCCCGGGAUACGGAGUAUGGACGUGGCCAACAAGGUUACCAAUGGGUACCGUAUGAGCCGUCCUGAAUAUUGUGCUGACAUGCACUAUGAGUUAAUGAAGAAAUGCUGGCAGGAUAACCAGUCGUCACGGCCGAAGUUUUCCGCCAUCGUUCAGGAAAUCAGCAGCACCUUCAGUUCGAGCCAGGGCGACUACUAUUAUUAUGCCACGCAGUGACCACGGGGACUGAUGACCUCUACCUCUACGUCACGUAGUGACCACGUGGACUGAUGACCUCACCUCUGGUAUUCCACUAAAGAACCACACAUCGCGGUUCUGACUACUACUACGACUAAACCUAGCUACUGCUUAUGUUGACUGAUGUUCCUCAAAAAAAGUGGCAAUCAGGAACAGAUAACUGCAACACCCGUAGGUGACCACAUGGACGGUCUACGUCCACUCAACAUAGUCAUUACAGAGUCUGACUGCUGCUACAAUUAAAUGUACUAGAUCGUAAGACCACGGGGAUGGACAACUUCCACGAAGUGACCUCAAUGAAACCUGUCUGCUCCACCAUUAUUUUUUCUUGAAUCUUCGUUCAGUGAAAUGCGGAAUUAUAUAUACGCAUAUAUGUUUUUACAAAUAUAGUAUGUGAUUGUGUGAUUUUAAAAUGUUAUGUAUGUUUAUUAAUUGUUCGACGUAGUUUGUACAAAUGUUGAUAAAUUAGGUAUUUUCGAUGAAAGUCUAGACGGUGUAAAUAUGUAGAAGUAUAAUGAAUAUUAAAAACAAAUGUCGAUUGUAUUUUCAUGGAAAAUUAAAAGAUUGAAUAAACGAUGAAAUUGCCAUUCCCGCUGCUGAUGUACAUGUCUGCUGGACAAUGAAGGAGGCAUUUUGUUUGUGGUUCAAGCAGGGACCACCAAGCACUUGUAUUCAUAUAUCCAACAAAAAAGCAAGAUACACAUGAUACUUCAAAAAAGAAUUAAA